GUGCUACCUGCUUGCAUUAACAUUCGAAACUACCCAACAAGAAUGCGAGUCAUGCGACCUACCGUUUGCCCAACGGUUCAGGAUCUCUGGUUUUUUAUUUAUUUGUUUGUUUGUUUUUUUUGGCCGAAAUCGGAGAGAUGAGAUAGAUCGUGUUGGCCACCAAGAACGAGGAUCUAAAUUCUAGCCAACUUUGUUCGUGUUUUGUAUGAUCUUUUCUUGCUAUGCUUUUCCGAAAGGUGGAUCUCUCCAAUCUAACUCAAUUACCACAUCUGUUUCUAUCUCUCUCUGACAUGGACGAAGUGAUGACGGCUGGUGACGCGUCGUCGAGCUUCCGAUCUGCAUCAUCUGAGCCGUCCAUCAUCCCCUCCAACCUCCCUCUCCUCUCCGCUUUCCUCGCUUUCGCUCUCGCCCAGUUUCUCAAGCUCUUCACCACCUGGUUCAAGGAGAAGAGAUGGGAUUCAAGAAGGAUGCUUGGAUCAGGUGGAAUGCCCUCAUCACAUUCAGCAACCGUGUCAGCUCUAGCGGUUGCCAUUGGCUUGCAAGAAGGAACUGGAGGACCAGCAUUUGCUAUUGCAGUGGUCUUGGCAUGUGUUGUAAUGUAUGAUGCUUCUGGAGUAAGACUUCACGCUGGUCGCCAAGCUGAAUUACUAAAUCAAAUUGUGUGCGAACUACCUCCGGAACACCCGGUCUCUAAUGUUAGACCUCUACGAGAUUCACUCGGUCAUACUCCGUUUCAGGUUUGUUGGUCUUGUUUGGUUUACAUUUGUGCAGAUGAAGUUAUUGGUAUGGUCCUCAUGUCAACUACAUUGUAGUAUAUUAUUAGCGUGAAUCAAAUUGAUUCGUUUAAAAAAAGGGAAGUAAAAGGCUGUCGUGUUUGUCUAAUUGUUACAAUGCGGCAUUGGCAUGAUGGUCGAUAUGCUAACACUCAUCACGCUUCCUAGGCAGUAACAGAAAGAGGUUGAAUCUUUGUUCUUCUUAGACAUUGUUCCUUGCUGGGUAUUUCAUGGUGGAAAGAAGAAACAAAAAUAAGACUCUUGUUGGGUGGUAUGAUUUUCAUGGCAUGGGGAUCUUACCCGUUUGAUUUCCUGAACUCAAAUGAGAAAAGCAUUGAUGGUACGAUUGGAACAAAUUUUCUUUCAAGGAGAACCUAUUAAAUUUUCUCACUAUCAAUCUGCCUUUUUUGAGGUUAAUUCUCCUAAUAGUUGAUCCUCUAGGCUCUAUGCUCCACGUGAUUCUCUCAACUCAAGUUUUGAAACAUGCAACAUAGAGUAAAUCAUCCCUAUCUCAUUGAUACACUGGAAGGAUUUUUCUUGACCUGCAUGCUUGAAAAUCCUGUAGCAGUAGUACUUGUAAUAUAACUAUAGAUGAAUACUGUUAUGUUGGUAUUACUGCAGGUCGUUGCAGGUGCGAUGUUGGGUUGUAUGGUCGCAUUCCUCAUGAAAAGUUCCAUUUAGUGGGCAUGAUAUAAUGAAUGGGAAUGCUUAGGCCUUAACAGUGGACAGUGAAAAAUUUUUGAUGUCAUUGCAAGUUUUCCUGCAUGGAAAAUUGGAAUUGAAAAAGACAAGUUUCAGACCAGAGUAAAUCUACUUGUAAACCAGUCUUCAAACGGCUUAGCUACUGUUGGACUCAAGUUCUAAGCAGUUUUUGAUUCGAGUCCACAAGGGGAAACUAAAUUAAAUUCUAAACAAAUUUUCCUCUUUCAGGUUCUGACCUUUUAAAUGUAUUUUUAUUAAUUUGUAUUAUAUUUUUUUGAAUGUUUUAUGCAUAUGACGCACACCCAACCGGUCUGCGACUCUACAGGACCA